AUGCGUGAGCACGUGCUGGUUAAUAACGCUAGUGUCGGGUAUAAUAGCACAAUACUGGAAGCACCCGAGGCGAAGAUUCGUCUGACAUUUGAGGUCAACACUCUCUCCCAUUUCCGCAUGGCGAAGGAGUUUUUGCCGGCCAUGAUCAAAGCCAACUAUGGUCACGUGGUGACAGUCGCCGGUACGGCCAGCAUCGUCGCUGUCGGUGAGAUGGUCGAUUACUGCUGCUCGAAAGCCAGCGUUCUAGCUUUCCACGAAGGUCUACGCCAGGCGCUCAAGUAUUCGUAUAGGGCGCCAAAUGUGCGCACUAGCAUUAUUCACCCAACCUGGGUUCAUUCCCCUAUGAUCAAGGCCUUGACCGAGAACGAUGAUAAUUGCAGCCGGCGUAUUCUCACUUGCCAGGUGGUCUCAACCGCCAUUUGUGAGAAGAUUUUGAAGCAUCGCAGUGGGCAGUUUAUUGUGCCUGGCUACCAGUCCCCAAUAUCCGUAGUACGAGAAUAUGCAAUCCUCAGCGUUCCGUUCAGGACGUGCAGUAGGGGAUCAAUCGACACGAUGGUCUAG